AUGAACAGCAGUAAAGGUGUUGUUAAUCGCAAUUCUAAGACGUCAGGUGUUACAAGACCUAACAAGAAUAAUGAACAAAAAAAAUCUCAGCAUUAUUUUAUGUCUAUACUGUCUUUUGAAAUGGAAUUUGAAGAAAAUUCAAUGGGACCUGGGAAAAAACAAAAUUUACGUAAUCGCAUACCACCUCCUUCUAAGAUACCAGCAUUAAGUGCUGUUGAAAUGCCACCUGAUGAUUCUAGUGUCAAUAUCAAGUUCUUAGAUGUAACAUUUGGUGGCCUUGAUCUUUCUGAUGAUAUACCACAACUUUGUGAUCAAUCACAGGAACAAAAUUCAUUGCCACCUGUUGUUAAAUAUGAUGACUCAAUUUCUCAGAAAGGAGAUUCUGUCCUUACACAAACAGAAUAUUCAACAAUCUCUGAUCAAGCUUCAGUUCAAACUCAAAGAUCACUUCAAGUAAAUCAACCACCUCAGCCAUCAAUUAAAAUAUUGCAGCGUCCUAAUGCUCCUCUUUCUGCCGAUUAUUUAACUAAACAGAACUCUGCAGUUGCUAAUCUUUACCAAAAUAUUAAUACUGGACAAUCGACAUCAAUGUAUAAUUCUUCAGCUUAUUCUAAUAACUAUCAAGGUUUAUCCAGUCAUACAAGUUUGUAUGGUACAACUGCAUCUAACGUUGGUGGAAAUAGUUCAAUUUCCCACAAUCCUCAAUCGUCUCAGUCUCAUUAUUCUGAUUUAAAUGCUAAUUACCCUCAAACAGAAGCACAACCUCAGUUUUCUUGUUAUCCAUACCCAAAUCCUUACUCAUAUCAGGAAUCUGGAAUUUCCUAUCCUCCUAUCGUAUCAGAUUUAGCAUCAAUGCAUACUACAUCAACAAACUACAAUUAUAUACACCAAAAUAUACAUCAAACUGGGAAUACAAACUUGUCUAAGUCAACAGUUUUGUUGAAUUCAGCUACUAAUUCCACUAAAGAAAGUCUGUACUACCAGUCCCAACCUUCAAAUAACUCAUGGAUAUCAAGUGCUAGCAAUCCAAAUGAAAAUAUUAUAAGUUAUACAACGUCAAGCAUUGGACUCGAACAGAGUACUUUAUUGACUUCAAAUACGACUACACUAACAACAGAUAAAAGUGGUGUAUUGUCGAGAAUGACUCCUGGUGUUGCCCCACCAGUUCAGUAUAUAUUGAACCAACAGUGUAUUCCCGGACACUAUAGCCAAUCUUACUCUGCAAUGUAUAGCGAGGAACAUUUACAAAUGGUGCAACCAGUGUUACCUUAUCAUAAUAUGACUAACUUUUAUUCGCUCGAUCCAAUGUAUCCUAGUGUAUCAUCAAGUCUGACUGGAAGAGAAACUGCUGGACCUGGUAUUUUAAAUGUUGCAAGUUAUUCGUCAGUAACAGAUUCAAGAUAUGCACAUAUAGACAAUAAUGCUUCACCAGAUUCAUAUACUCUAUUUCAGCAGACCGGAACUUUGGCUCAUCAGCAAAUAUUAUUAAAUCCAACUACUGCUCCCAGUUAUACAUAUAAUUAUGGGCAAAUGGUAGUACCUGCUUAUCCGUUCCAGUAUGGUACAAUGUAUUUAGUGGUCCCAGCAGCAUAUCAAACAAGUCAUGGAACAGGAGCAACAAACGCAAUGUCUGGGUACAGUAAUACUGCAGCUACACCCGUUGAUUAUAACAAUGUUAAUGAAGCUCUGGGAUCGUCUUCAGUCACUGGUUCAAGCAAUGACCAUGGAAGUUCAGGCAAAGUGGGCAUGUCCAGUCAAAAAACAACUCAAGUUCAGGGCAUGACAAAUUCGUCUAAUCUCGCUGCUAUGUAUUCCAGGAAAUCGAUAUUGAAAAAGCCUUUUGACAAACAACAACAGUCAUUUCGAUAUUCACCACCGUUCUCUGUAACUAAUGAUCAUGGAGUUGAAGGUCAUCAUAGUGCUGACAGUUAUCCACCAGUAUUCAAUUCUUCUAUACCUCCUGGCAACCCACAUCAUCAUCAUAUCUCACCAUUGCAGCAUCAGCAAGAACUUAGCAGUGAAACAAACAAUAUGAGUCGUAAUCAAUCCGUUAAUCCUAGAGCCAACAAGGUGAAGACUAAACAAAACUACAGCUAA